AUGGCUGCAAGACACAACCAGUCAGUUAUUACAGAGCUUUGGCUCCUUGGGUUCCAGAAUCUACACAACUCAAGGCUAAUACUUUUCUUUGUUUUCCUUGGGAUAUCUAUGGCCUCCACUGCUGGGAACCUUCUAAUCAUUUCUCUGGUCUCCAGCACUCAACAUCUACGUAGUUCUCCCAUGUACUUCUUCCUAAGUCACCUGGCUGUAACUGAUAUCACAAUAACCGUAACUGUUAGUUGGACGCUGCUACCUGCAUUAUGGAAUAAAACCACCUUAGUGAGCAUUGCUGGCUGCCUCUGCCAGUUCUUUGUGUUUGCCUCGAGCACCUCCAUCGAAUGUUUUCUGCUCACUGUGAUGUCCUAUGACAGGUACGUGGCCAUUUGCAGACCUCUGCAUUAUGCCAUCAUCAUGAAUUUCACCCUUUGCCAUCAGCUGGCCAUUUGCUCUUGGGUUUUGGGCUUCACAGUAACACUAAUAAUUGUUAUUAUGGUCAACAAUUUAAUAUUAUGUGGCCCGAAUAUAAUUGACCAUAUUUUUUGUGACCUUAAUCCUCUUCUUCAACUCUCCUGCUCUGAUACCACCAUCGUUCAAAUGACCCUCAUUUCUUUAGGUGUCCCUGAAACUGUCAUGGAACCUGCAUUUAUCAUAACAACCUAUGUCUGCAUAUUUCUUACUAUACUUAGGAUCCCAUCAUUAAAUGGAAGAGAGAAAGCAUUCUCCACUUGUAGCUCCCACCUAACAGUAGUGUGUACGUAUUAUGGAACUCUUAUUGCCAUCUAUAUAACGCCCUCUGGAGGGCACACGCUGAAUAUAAGCAAGUUUUUAUCUCUACUGUGCACAGUUCUGUCACCAUUAUUCAAUCCAAUCAUUUAUUGCCUAAAAAACAACGAAAUACAAACAGCAUUGCAGAAAUGUUUUCAGAAGUUAAAGUGUAAGUAUUCAGAGUGA